CGCCGCGUCUUGGGUGAGCGCGUGGGAGCUGGCGGUGGCGCGAGGUUGGAAGUGCUGCACGCGGACAGUGAGCCGGACCUUCACAAAUUAUGAACACCGCUGCAGUACCUGUUCGAGUGAAAACCUGGCUUUCAUCUACCUGGCAUGUUAAAGUUCCAGACCAGUGGCUAGAAGCUUGCAUCAGUUGGAUCCAAGAAGAAAACACCUCUUCCUUGUCACAAGCAGAAAUUAAUAAACAGGUUUUUGAGCAGUGGCUUCUAACAGAUCUUAGGGAUUUACAGUACCCAGUAUUACCUGUUGGAAUACUGGAGUCUCUGAAAUGUGAACUCAGUGGUUAUUAUGCAAUUCAAAUAGAUUCCCUGGUGGAUGUGAGCCUACCUGCAUAUUCACAGCUUCAGAAAAUAAGAGGAAGGGACAACUUAAAUGAACAAGUUACAGCUACUACUCAGGUUUCUCAGAAACCAUGGGAAACUAAGCCAAAUAGAAUGCUCAUGAUACAACUUACUGAUGGAAUACAACAAAUCCAGGGGAUGGAAUACCAACCUCUUCCGAUGCUUAAUUGUAACCUUCCACCAGGUACCAAAAUCUUGUUACAAGGCACCAUUGUUUGUCGCUUGGGUGUCCUUCUUCUUAAAUCAGAGAAUAUGAAAGUUUUAGGUGGAGAAGUGGAAGCUCUAGGCGCGGAGUAUACACAAGACAAAAUUCUAUCCAGAUUGAUUGGAGUAGAGGAAAAUCCUUUACCUCAGAGUUCAAAUAUUCAAGAUCAGGUUUCUGCAAGGAGUAAUGAUGAAUUAGGAGAAGCCUUAGGAUUGUCUGAUGAAGAUCUUUUGGCAAGCCUUGAUGUCAAUGAUGAAUUCACUGUUAACAAUGGAACAGUCCCAGACAGUGGGUUUUAUAGCCAGAAUGAGAAUUCACGCUUUGAAACGCAGCAAAUGGAACACUCAUCAUCUAGACAAGGGAGGAUUCUAGAGUCCACUCUGUCUGCUCAGAGUACAUCACGUCAAGAAACUCCGCAAAUACCAAACCCAAGAUCUAGGCAAGGCAGUAUUUCUGGGUCAACUCACACUGUUCAGGUAAACAGAAUAGUUGGGUUGGAAGAAGACUAUGAUUUGGAAGAUGAUUUAUUGUUGGAGGAGGAAGUUCAGCGUGAGUUAGAGGAAAUGUCCAUGGAUCAGCCUUUAGCAAUAAAUAGAAAUCAAAGCUUAACAACAAGAAAAUGUCCAAACACAGCUGAAACCACAUCUGUAACCACACAUACCAGUCAUACAUCUAUGAAUGAAAAUAAUUUUGAUAAUCCUCCAUUCACAUACUUGUCACUUAUAUUGACUAACAAAUGUACGGAGAUGAAACUAGUAAAUCUUAAGGCAUUUAUAGUGACUUUGAAUGGCAAUCUUACUAGCAGUGGUGGCUACUGGAAUAUUAGGGCGAAAAUAUCAGAUGGGACAGGAUAUCUAGAUGUGGACUUCAGUGACAAUGUUCUUAGAAAGCUGAUUGGAUUUUCAGUGCCUGAAAUGAAAACAAUUAAAAAGGAUCCCUCCCAGAAAGAAAAACUCAAGGCAGGCCUUCAAAAGUGCCAAAUGGAACUCACUGAUUUUUGUGGCAUUAUGACCAUUUCAUAUGAUCCAACAAAGCCUGAAGGCAGUGUGGUAGCUCUGGAAGAAGUAACUGUAGAAACAAUGCGCUUCUUAAGGCGAAGGUUAAAUCUAUUGUGAAUUAUUUAUUAAUAAUACGUGGAAUAUUGUAAAUAUUUGGUCUGUUUUAUAGGAAGCUAAGAUCUGUAUAUGCCUCUUGCUCAAAUGUUAAUGAGAACUUUGCUGAAAUCAGUUCUACUGUAUAUUGCAUUUUUUUUUUUUUUUAAUAAAUAACACUACUUCAUGUGAACACAAUGCAUGGUUGUAGAACACUUUCCCUGUAAUGACUACAAUCUGUCUCUAACUGAUAUUUAAAACAUUCUGAUUGUUAUGCUUUAAUGCACCUUAACAUUUCACCUGCCAUAUACUUACAUUAAAUACCUUAAGUUGAACUUGAUAUGAUAAUCACUUUAAUGUUUAAAUAAAGUAUUUACACUGA